UUAUAUUGGAAGUCGUCUGUGGCCUCCGCGGAGAGGGCGCUUGGUGGGAGCUGGGAUUGGUGGCCAGCUGAGCCUGGUUGAAGGGCGGUUUGGGCCGCGCCCACCACCCUAGCCUGUUUCGAGGAGGGGUAAGCCCAACGUGAGGCUCAUUGGGUCGACAGGGGCACGUGACGAGUCCUGAGCCAAUCCGUAGAAGGUAAAAGCUGCUUCCUGUUUGGGCAUCAGUCCCCGGCGGGUCUGGUUUGGAGGUGCUGCGGCUCCGGACUGAGGGUUAGCUCCUUGGGAGCAGGCAACUGUCCUCACUGGCACAGAGGAGGAGCGCUCAGUAAAUUUUUGCUGGACGAAUAAACGACUAGAUAAGCCAGGUGGCGGACUGCAGAGGGCGCUGCUGGGGCAUGGCGGAGGAGCGGCCAGGGGCCUGGUUCGGCUUCGGUUUUUGUGGCUUCGGGCAGGAGCUGGGCUCCGGACGCGGGCACCAGGUGCACAGCCCCAGUCCGCUGCGGGCGGGCGUCGACGUCUGCCGCGUGAGCGCGAGCUGGAGCUACACCGCCUUCGUGACUCGUGGAGGCUGCGUGGAGCUGUCGGGCUCAGUCAGCGGUUCGGCGGGCGGCUGCAGGGACGCGUGGGCCUCGGAGGGGCUCCUUCUGGUGCUGCGCGCUGGGCCGGGGCCGGAGGCGUUACUGCAGGCCUGGGCGCCCGACUCGGCGCUGCGUGGGGAGCCCUUGUGGGCCCACAAUGUGGUGCCCGAGGCCGAAGGGGAAGACGAUCCGGGCGGUGAGGCCCAGACUGGGAGGCUACCCCUGUUGCCCUGCGCCCGUGCCUACGUGAGCCCGCGGCCUCCCUUCUACCGGCCUCUGGCUCCGGAGCUGCGGGCGCGCCAGCUGGAGCUGGGCGCCGAGCACGCGUUGCUGCUAGACGCGGCUGGUCAGGUGUUCUCCUGGGGCGGGGGCAGGCAUGGACAGCUGGGCCAUGGGACCCUGGAGGCAGAGCUGGAGCCACGGCUAUUGGAGGCGUUGCAGGGCCUAACCAUGGCUGAGGUGGCCGCGGGGGGCUGGCAUUCUGUGUGUGUGAGUGAGACUGGGGAUAUUUAUAUCUGGGGCUGGAAUGAAUCGGGGCAGCUGGCCCUGCCCACCAGGAACCUGGCAGAGGAUGGAGAGACUGUCACAAGGGAAGCCACAGGACUGAAUGAAGAUGGUUCUCAGGUGAAGAGAACGGGCCGGGUUGAGGAUGGAGCCCCUGCCCCCUUCAUAGCUGUCCAGCCCUUCCCAGCAUUACUGGAUCUCCCCUUGGGCUCAGAUGCAGCCAAGGUCAGCUGUGGAUCCCGGCACACAGCUGUGGUGACACGAACAGGGGAGCUCUACACCUGGGGCUGGGGUAAAUAUGGACAGCUGGGCCACAAGGACACCACCAGCUUGGAUUGGCCCCGCCGUGUGGAAUACUUUGUAGAUGAGCAACUCCAAGUAAAGGCUGUCACCUGUGGGCCCUGGAACACCUACGUGUAUGCUGUGGAGAAAGGGAAGAGUUGACGUGUAAACACCUGGAGAACAUUGAAAACCCUGUCUGCCUAAGAUCAGCAUCAAUGAAACAACGAAAUCAACGAAACAAUGAAAUCAGAACCUCUGGGUGUGUGGCCUAGAUACUGGUAGAUUCAAAGCUCCACCCACCUCACCCCAGGUAAUUUGAUGUGUAGCUGAGAUUGGGGCACAUUCCAGGUCAUCUUCCUUUGUCACUUUCCUGCUUUCGUUUGAAUUUUACCAGCCUUGCAUGCAUCCUUAUACAACAUAGUUGUUUGCUUUUAAGUAUUAGAUAAAUGGAAUCUUGUAUAUGUGCUUUUGUGUCGUUUUUGUCACUCAGCAUUGUGUGAUCCAUCCUUGUUGGGUCCUGGAGUUCUUUCAUUUUUAAUGCUAUAUGGUGUUCCGUUGUAUGAAUAAUACCUCAAGUGAUACAGUUUUGUUGAUGGUCAUUUUGUUUCUGAUUUUGGUCAUUCCACAUAAUACUUUCAGCAGCCUUCUGCACACGUGCACAGGUUCCUUUGCAGAACAUUGAGUUGAAUUGCUAAGUCAAGAGAUACCUUUAAUUUUACUAGAUAACUGUUUUCCACCAGCAGGGUGGUGUCUACUGUGGCUGAAAUGUCAGGUAGAUGCACACCGAUUUUAAUUUGCAUUUCCCUGAAUACUGAUGAGGUUGAGUAGCUUUUCAUUUGUGUAUUGGAUAGCUGGCAUGGUGGCUCACACCUGUAGUCCCAGCACUUUGGGAGGCUAAGUGGGGUGAUUGCUUGAGGUGAAGAGUUCAUAUUUCUCGGCCAUUUGGAAUUUUUCUGUUGUGAAGUGCCUGUUCAAGUUUUCUGGCCUUUUAAAAUGUUCUGUAUUCUCCUUAGUGAUUUUUCUUUUGGAUAUUUCAGAUCCAAGGCUUUUGAGAGUUAAUAUUCAGAGUAUCUUCUGCUACCAUGUAGUUUGUUGUUUCAGUCUUUCCUGGUAUUACCAAUUUUUGUUUGAUACUUAGGUGAUGCUUACUCCAUGCCAGGUAAGGCUCAAAGUGCUUUACAAGUAUCAACUUAUUUUGAUAAAGUAAGUUUAACAUCAGUAGUUUUCUAUAUGGUUAAAUUGUAUUUGUGCAUGUAUGUGUCUGUGGUUUAGCAAAUGUUUCCCACCCAUGGGGUCUUUAAUUUUUUUUUUUUCUUCUCUUUUUUAUUGUGGUAAAAUAUACUGAACAUAAAAUGUUCAAUAAAAGAGAAAAAUUUUUUAAACCAUUUU